AUGCCCGCCCAUGACGACGACUGCCAACGAGGAUGCCCGACCACGAUGACGACCGCCCACAACGACGACCGCCCAUCCGACCCCGUUAACGACACCCAUCACACGACGACCACGACACAAAGACCACGAGCGCCCACCACGUCGACCACCCACCAAUACACGACAACGCCGACACGAAGACACCGAGAGCCCACGCCGAAAGACGACGAGCGCCCACCAAAAGACGACGAGUGCCCACCAUUACACGACGACGACGACACGAAGACGUCGAGCGCCCAAGCCGCUGAGUGCCCAUGA